CCGCACUGCUGCCUCUGCUGUCAGCGGCAUCACAUCCGCGACCGCUCGGACAUACUGAGGGACUCGUUUCUCUCGAGCAAUCUCCUACGGACGAGGAAGAAGAAGAAGAAGCAGAAGCCGAGGCGUCUCUCCCGUCUGGCCACCUGCUUGGAUGGAUGCUGGGGGGCAGCGUUUGAUGUCGCUACGCAGGCUGUGACUGAAGGCUUGCGGCCAGCGGGGGCUGGAGGGGGCAUUUCCCCAGGAGCACGGAAGAGACAGACACCUGUCUCCCUGCCCUCGUGUGUCGACUUGCAUGGACCCGAGCUCACCGUCUUUCUCUGCAGUCGCUCCGUGAGUCAUUAGUGGGAGAAGAAGAUGGCGGACAGGGCUGAGAUGUUUUCCCUCUCCACUUUCCAUUCCCUCUCUCCUCCCGGCAGCAGGCCGGCCCAUGACAUCAGCCUGGAGGAGUUUGACGAUGAAGACCUCUCUGAAAUCACAGAUGACUGUGGUAUUGGUCUCAAUUAUGACUCCGAUCCUUACGAAAAGGACUCUCUGAUUUUGGAGAAGAGCGAUCUGCACCACCCAGUCUGCUCCUUCCAGGAUGACUUCCAAGAGUUUGAGAUGAUUGACGAUGAAGAUGAAGAAGAAGAGGAGGAAGAGGAGGAAGACGACAUGGACCCUCCAUCCCCCUCUGCCUCCCCGCCUCCCUCUCCUACGUUUGGCACACUAAAGAGCCGUCCCACGACUUUAAACCUCACCACUGCGGUGUCACAGGAUUCAUUGAACAACAACAGCAGUCUGUCCCCCAAGAAGGGUAGCUGGCAAGACUCCAUACGCAACCCAACCACCCAGGGCCGUCUGACUCCGACCCACAAGUGUCUGGAGGAUGGCAGCCAUGUCACAGGCCAAUGUCCGGCGUCUCCUGUUACCCAGGCACCUGGGUCCCAGAGCAAAGGUACUCCAGCAACACAGGCAGGGGAGGGCGGGAAUCCCCAGUCCCCUCACAGGCCCCUCCUCUGUGACAUGGAGGGCAACAGGCGGGAGAGGCCAGAAUACGGCUCCUUCGGUCAGCAUAAAUCCCACCCUGUUGAUGUCAAUCAAGCAAAGUCCGACCCGACAAUCAAGACGACAAGAGUGCCCUCCGUAGAUGAACAUUCCCAGUGUUCGGACACCGAAGUGGACCACGAUCUGAACAACGGCCACAUCCACAAACACCUCAACCGGCGCGCCACAGACACUUACACCAUCACCAGUGAGUCAGGAAUGGAGCCGGAGAAUGACCAAGAUCCAGAUGGAACCAGUCACUGCUUGUCAUCCACCGCCCCCAUGGGGGCCACUGACGGAGCCGACACGCCGUUGUCGGAUGAGGAGCUGGAGAAGGAUUUUGACGUGGAGUUCAUGUGCAAGGAAACAUAUGAUAUCGUCUGUAAGGAGAGUCAGUCUGAGUAUGUGGAGUUUCCCUCGAUUGAGCCCUCUGAUCCAGCCUCCAUGUCCUUGAGCUGCUCAGAAGCAAGGUCCCACAGUGCUCAGUUUCCACCGAUUUCCGCGGCUGCUGCCAAUGACUCCACAUCGCCAUCUUCAGACCCGGGGAUCGCAGACAUGAACCAGCAGGGCUACAUGACUUCAGACGUGGACAGGGAUCUCAGCUCUCCAGGUUCUGACUCGGACGUGGAGGGCGAGCUGGAGGCUGCGUUCGCUUGUGGGGGUGAGGCGGUCUCCAAUAUGAUCUCCUCCAUCUCGGAAACAGAGCUGGAUCUGACCAGCGACGACAGUAGCAGCGGACGCUCGUCUCACCUCACCAACUCGAUCGAGGAAGCCAGCUCUCCUACAUCUGACCAGGAGCUGGACCCGGACACAGAGCUGGAGCAGGACAGUGGAAUCGUAGGUCUCAAGGCCUCUUUGUUUUUGGGCCAGCCAGACCCUAUCAAAGAUGGCUCUCCUCUGCCGUCACCAUCUCCUUUACCCUCACCCACCAUCGCCACCCCAUCUCCCAUUGACUCACCCAUCCUGCCUCACGAGUCUUUUGAUGAUGGCCAAGCGCUGAUCGGGCUUCAGAGAGUGGACGAUUUGUCUUUCGAGCACCAGGCCGACCCUGAUGAGACUCUGCCUCCCGCCCAACACUGUGAGGACCGGCUGUCCAGGCAGAUGGUUCUGCAGAUUGAACCGGACCACGGCCUGGAGAGCUUCAAGCGCUCCUUCUAUUUACCCGUAGGACCCAGACUUAUGCCGACCGCAGACGAAUACGACGGAACCAGUGAGGGGGAUUCAGAGUCAGAGAGUGAGGAUGACCUGAGUGAGAACUCCGACUCCCCGUGGCUCCUCAGCAAUCUGGUCAACAGGAUGAUUUCGGAGGGUUCUUAUCCCAUCAGCUGCCCGGAGGAGUGCUUCAAGAGGAAGGUCUCUGUCUCUGACACCAUCUCACCGUCGUCAGACAUUGGUGAUAGCGAGAAUUUCAACGGUGAUGAUCAGGAGAAGAAGACGAGGAUGGAUGGAUCUGUGGGGGAGAAAGACAGGUUAAGAGAGGAUCCUUCAGGUGAAGCUGUGGUGGUGAGUUCUUGUGUCUAUAAGAAGGAUUUGACUGCAGAUCUGUCAAGCCCUGUGGUGCUAGAACGCUGUACGGACAAUACGGCUGCCAGCGCCUUUUAUUCCAAACAGAAGAACUUCUCAGAUGGACCGACCAAGAACACCAGAAGAACCGUGGAAGAAGACGAGCCAAACAACGACCUAACAAUGCUCAAUGAAAGAAAGGACCUGGACUCGCCCAGCUUCAGCGAGAGCAUCGUCAGUGACAAAGAUGAAGGUCGUGAGACCGAGCCCCGGACCACCAGUCGGUCCUCUGCUUCACUGGAGCGCAUCACCGAGGUGAAGAACAGUCUGACCUUGGAUAUUCCCACGGCGCAGACAAACAGAUGCUUCAGCCUGACUUACUCUACAGACAAUGAUGAGGAUGAUGAGGAAGAGGGCAGUUCUUAUCCGUUCUUGGAGAGCGCAGGAAGUCGACCUUACCAAGAAAGUGAGUUGGAGCUGGACAGUUCACCUCCCAUCGAUUCUAGUGUGCCGGACCCGCCUGUGUCCGAGCAUGACCUCCCACUGUGCGCCAAGGAACUGGUGAUGAGACAGCCGAGUGAAGAUGAUGGACUGGCCUAUGACUCCAUGAAGUACACCCUAGUGGUGGAUGAGAACACCACCCUGGAACUGGUCAGCCUAAGAAGAUGCACCUCAGUCUUGAGCGAUGACAGUGAACUUUCAACGCUCUGUGAUGAGGAGCCUCUGGGCACGAGGCAGGUGGGAUACGGUUGUGAGGAAGAAGAAGGAAGACCAGAACUGCUGAGUUCUUCUGAAGAUUCUUCCCCUGAAGCUGACCUUCCGUUCUCUAAGAAGUUCCUGAACGUGUUUGUCAAUAGCACUUCACGUUCCUCCAGCACUGAAUCAUUUGGACUCUUCUCUUGCACCAUCAAUGGGGAGGAGAGGGAGCAGACUCACAGGGCGGUUUACAGGUUCAUUCCCAGACAUGCUGACGAGCUGGAGUUGGACGUGGACGACCCUCUGUUUGUGGAGGAGGAGGAGGACGACUACUGGUACAGAGGCUACAACAUGAGGACGGGGGAGCGAGGGAUCUUCCCGGCGUUUUAUGCUCAUGAGGUCAUGGGCCAGUCCAAGGAGUUGAUGGGAAUGAAGCGAAAUCCUGCCUGGAUGGAGACUUACUGUGUUCAGUUCUUGGGCUCGGUUGAGGUGCCGCACCACCAGGGUAACGGGAUCCUCUGCGCCGCCAUGCAGAAGAUCGCCGUUUCCAGGAAGAAGACAGUCCACCUGCGGCCUCCGUCCAUGUGUGAGCUGGAGAUCAGCCUGCAGGGAGUCAAACUGGUCAUGAGCCUGGAGGAUGAGUACGACUCGCUUGAUGAGUUCGACCGAUGUAGUCACUUCUUCCAGAUGAAGAACAUCUCCUUCUGUGGAUGCCAUCCAAAGAACAACUGCUACUUUGGCUUCAUCACUAAACACCCCAUGCUGAACAGAUUUGCCUGCCAUGUGUUCGUGUCCCAGGAGUCCAUGCGACCUGUAGCAGAGUGUGUUGGACGAGCCUUCCAGGAGUAUUACCAGGAGCAUCUGGAGUACGCCUGCCCCACUGAGGACAUCUAUCUGGAGUAGUCGCCAUUGAAAACCACUCUUUCUCGCUCGAGUAUAUCCGUCAAGUUUGCCACCGGAGGGCGAUCCAUCGGAGUCCAGCGAAAGAGGUGUCCCUCCGAAACCCGUGUUUGCUCAUCACCCUCUCCGUUUCUCUCCACCCGUCCUCGCCGACGGGAGGGAUUGCCUGUUUCUCUCAUCUUUUUUUAUGAUAUAAACUAUGACGCUGAG